AUGUCUGAUUCAAGCUCCAGACCCCUCAAGUCUGUUCAUUUCGCCAAACCACGUCCAUACCUCCAUCUCAUACCAGACGAACUCUUGAUCGAAGUGGGAAAAUACCUAUUACCAACUACCAAGCUACCCCUUCCAUCCUUACAGCCUCAUUUUGAGAACUAUAGACACCCUUUCGACCGACGCGCAAAUUAUGGAGAUUAUAUAUCCUUCAGGGAAUCGUGUCAUAAGGUAUCUUGUCUAUUGAAGCCCAUCGACAAGGAUUUUGAGAUUGAGAUCAAGAGUAAAGAAGGGUUAGAAAAGUGGUUUAAUGCUCCCAAGGAAAAACUGAACAAUGUUAGUCGACUUCGCCUUAAUUUUACUCUAGACCCUACCGACGAUGUAGCCACAGUCUCAAUCAGAUAUUGGGAUAUUUUCAUCUCCCUCUUACUCAAAAUGCCCAAUCUUGUUGAACUAUUCUUCACCUCCACUCCAUUCUGCUAUCAUGGGAAACAUGGUCAUACCCCUUUAUUCGAACUGCCAAAUUCGGACCAAUCACCUUUGAACAGUAUCAUUUCAUUUGGUAACGAAGUGAAAUGUCGGUGUUGUGCCGAGCAUCUAACUCGUCUAUCGACUUGUAUGCCCAAUCUCAAACAUUUGAAAUGUACUUCUCAAGAUAGUGUAUCUCAAAUUAAUACAGAAGACGAUUUCGAACCUUACGAUUUCAUGAUCAACAAUGAUACUGAAAAUUUGGAAACUUUAUAUUUGAAAUAUUGGGAUUAA